AUGGCAGACUGUCCAGCCCAACUCAGACCUAUCGUCCCCUCAUCCACCUCUCAUCCUGCCCCGCUAGGCGAGUCUGAUAUCAACCUCUGCCAACACGAUCCGAAAGAUAUGAUUCUUGAUAUCAACUCGAUGAACCCUCCUCCUCUUUCGCCGGAGGUCGCUCAUACCGACAAGCCUACGACAGGAGAAACCAAGUCGACGAAAGUGUACGAGAAUCCCAAAGAAGAUCAAGAUACAUCUUCACCCUUAUCCGAAAUCAAUGAAGAUCUCGCCCAUCUCGCUCCUCCACAGAUCUUCCAUCCUAUCACAAGCGAUAUGAUCCGUCUUCCCCGUAUUGCCGAUAUUAGUCAAAUUCAAAAACCUCAAACUCGACCUGAAAGCCAAAGAGAUAAGGAAAACCAACCUUACCAAUCUUCUUUGACCUCUCAACAAACCAAAAAUGGCGGUGUACAAUCCAAUCUUAUCUUUCCCCACCUUCAGAAUUCCCUUGUGGCUGGUGGCUCUUCGUCGACUCUCGCCCCAGACAAAGUCACUUUCGCAUCUAGCGUACAAGCUGGCUUGAACGGUAAGAAGAUCUUCGUCAGAGAGCGAUCUCGAACCUCUCUUGGAGUUGUGGUGAAAGGAGAGAAGUCCUGCUUGGAUUGGCCCUGGAAAGAUGACGAGGAGGAUGAGGUGGUUGACGACGGCCAAGGUAAAACAGGUGAAGACGAUCGAUCGUUGUUUUCAGCUUAUCUCACGUCAGCGCAAAAUUCACAGGAGGUAGGUGAAGCUGAUUCAUCGGAAAAGGUGAAAGAAGUCGUCGACGGUGCUCAAUCCUCGCCACCACCAGCAGAAGAAGGUGGUCAAAUUGCUGCUACCAUGGCGGAAAUUGACAAGAAAGGGACCGAAGGAGCUCCUCGAAAUGUUCCUUAUAUGACGACCGGUACAAUCAGUACUCUACCUCUCCCAGCACCACCCAUUAGAACGUCGAUUCUUACAAGACUUGCGAUGCCACGGUCAAAUAGUGUACCUACCACUGAUCUCAUCAGACAUCAUAUCAUCAAAGAUAAUCCAUCCACUGCACCAGCACAUCACGUCAGCUUACCCUCAACUAAAAUGAUUAUCCACCCGAAACCCGUCGUACUGCCCGAUAGUCAUGUUCAAGCAUGUUCAUCUUCCAAUCAGCCCACAAGAUCAACUGCAGCAGCUUGGGCACAUUCCAUCGGGGUUUCUGCUACCACGGAGGCAUCAUCCUCCACUCAGCAGCUGCCACUCCCUCAACAAGGUUAUCAAUUUCCCAUCCCUCCGCCAGCCGCUGCUCAGGAGAACGAGGGAGACCGAGAACCUCAAGUUAUCAUUCUUCGAAGACUCCUUCAAGCGAAGGAGAUCAUCGAGUCGCUUCAAGAUAGGGUGAGAGAGGUGGAGAUGGAAAGAGAUUGGAGUUGGGCGAGUUUGUUCUGGACUAACAAUGUUGCCGACAAGCUCGUUCCUCAACAUCUGUUUUGGCAUAUCUCCAACAUAUUCGCCAAGUUGUGCGGAAGAUACAUCGAUGGUCCACCAACCAUGACUACUGGCAACUUAAAACCACUUUCACCCUCAAUCUAUACGUUACUCCACGAGCUCGCCAGCGCCGUCGGCAGUCCUCCACCAAGCCUUCACCCCUUGGCUACAUGUCCAACGUUGGAAUCCAUCUUUUACAGAAGUCUCAGAGUCCUCAUGAGGGAUUACGAUCCGCUCACACCCGUGAGAUUCGAUAAUCAAGAUUUGAAUGAGGAACAAGAGGUGACUAUACCAGUUGAUAAACCGAUAGAAUACUUCCAGCCUCCAGAUGUCCUGUGGACAUUCGUUCAUAUUGGUGAACCAAACCUUUAUAUCCCUUUGCUGAACGCUAUCAAAACUUCCCUUUGGGCUUGUCCUGACACAAGAAGGGGAAUUAGCUUGUUAUUGCUUUUAGGGAGAUUGCAAGGCGGGAAGAUGUCUUUGGGCGUACGUAACAGACCUUGGGCGAGAAAUUUAGGUUUGUACUUGGAACAAAAUGGAUGUAGUUUACCUUCCUCGCCUUCUCCGGACUCCACCACCACUACCACUGCAACUAAACCAUUUAGACCGGUGUUUGGGAAAGUCGAUGAAGAAGAGAUCAAAGGAGCUAUGAAAUUCGUUCGACAAACGAGGAUUCAGGAGAAUGAGAAAAGGAAGAAUGAACAGAGGAUGGUAUAUCAAGUAGGGGAAAUUGGGAAUAAGAGGAAGAGCGAUGUGGGUGUGAUUCAAAACAAGGGGAAAGGCAAGGGAAAGGGAAAAGCGAAACAAUCGGAAGAGGAUGAAGAUGAGGAUUAUAAUGCAGCUGUAGAGGGUUCGAAGUCGAAAAGUAAAAGAAGAAAAUUGUGA